AUCGGUUUUCGGGUGCAAUUUAAUGCGGAAAUCCCUCGUCAAGUAAUGAAUUUUCCAAUACAUUAUAUCACCCCUGAAUUAAACAUUAAGGUCACAAGAAUAAAGGAAUUAAUUGCAAACCCAAGAGAACUUUCAUAGAGAUAGAAUUAAUUUAAAGGGAUAAAAGUGCAGCAAAUGAAAAUGUUCUUACCUGCACUAUAACCAAUAUUACCCUAACUAUCUGUUUCUUUCUGAAUGAACAUUCUAGGGUGUGGCAUGCUGUCAACAAUUAUCACCAACACCACAACCAGACUGCACCUCUAUUAACCUGAAAAUGUCUUUCUUUUGUUUUUCAUCAGGUGCCUUCAGUUUGACAUCAUUAGGAAUCUUUUUUAUUUGUUUCUACUUCCUGGCAUGUUGGACAUAUGGAGCAAGUGUUCCUAGUGGUCUGUUUGUUCCUUGCUUACUAUGUGGUGCAGCUUAUGGCAGGUUUAUUGGUGAGCUCUGCAGGCUACUGGGAUAUGAGCACACUUACCAUGGGACGUUUGCACUGAUUGGAGCAGCAUCUUUUUUAGGCGGAGUGGUGCGCAUGACCAUCAGCUUAACUGUCAUCCUGAUAGAGUCAACCAAUGAGAUCAGUUAUGGC